CCUGGCAUCGUAAUGGCAUCGAAGGUUCCAUUUGUGACGCUGAACAACGGGCAAAAAAUGCCCAUCCUCGGUUUGGGAACUUGGGGCUCUCCCCCGGGUGAGGUUGCCCAGGCUGUAAAGGAUGCCAUCGAUAUCGGGUACCGCCAUAUCGAUUGUGCCCACGUUUACCAAAACGAGCACGAGGUGGGCGAAGGUGUAAAAGCCAAAAUCGACGAGGGAGUCGUGAAGCGCGAGGAUCUCUUCAUCACCAGCAAACUGUGGAACACUUUCCACCGGCCAGAGCUGGUCGAAGGUGCUUGCCGUACGACGCUGAAGAACCUCGGUUUGGAGUACAUCGAUCUGUACCUGAUCCACUGGCCGAUGGGUUACCGCGAGGGCCCGGAACUGUUCCCGCAGGACGAGAACGGUAAAACGGCUUACUCCGAUGUGGAUUACGUCGAUACGUACAAAGCGAUGGAAAAGCUCGUUGGGCUCGGGCUGGUGAAAAGCAUCGGCAUUUCCAACUGCAACUCGAAGCAGGUGGAGCGUGUGCUGGCAGCGGCAACGAUUAAGCCAGUUACCAACCAGAUCGAAUGCCAUCCUUAUCUGACGCAGAGCAAACUGUCGCCGUUCUGUGCCGAGCGCGGGCUGGUAAUUACGGCGUACAGUCCGCUCGGCUCACCGAACCGUCCUUGGGCGAAGCCGGACGAUCCGCAGCUGAUGGAGGAUCCGAAGCUGGUGGAGCUGGCGAAGAAGUACAGCAAAACGCCUGCCCAAAUUCUUAUCCGCUAUCAGAUUCAACGGGGCCAUGUGGUCAUUCCGAAGUCGGUAACGAAGUCGCGCAUCGCGUCCAACUUUGAUGUGUUUGAUUUCGAGCUAACGAAGGACGAUGUGGCACUGAUCGAUUCGUUCGACUGCAAUGGACGCUUGGUGCCGAUUGCGAGUGCUACCGGACAUCCGCAUCAUCCGUUCGAGAACGACGAGUUUUAACUUGUUACAUCACUGUGAAUUUGAAAUUGAAAGCAUCA